GGCAGCAAAGUCUUCUUUGCCUGACGUCGCGGAGAACUUUUAAAAUGAAAGUACGUUGCAGCCUGCAAAUAGGACAGACCGAAGGCCUCACACAGGACUAGUGUGGCCUCUGAGCACUGCCUCCCUAACGCCACAUUGCUCUCCGAGGGCAAAGGAAAGGUCAGAAGGUGCCCUUUGGCUCUGCUGGCCCAGGGUGGCUGUGUACAGAGGACUGGGUCCUCUCUGGGUGCUGCCCCCGGGACAAUGUGUCAUGCCUGUUCCACAGUGAGUUGGGGAGACAGGGAGACGCCUCACAUCCCAGAACUCCCUGGGCAGGGGAGAUGGACGCCAGUCACCCUCCUCCCCUCCCAGCUGGGGCCACUGUCUAGGCAUAUUCUCAGAAUUCUGCCCCAAGGCCAGGCGUGGGGGCUGGGCUGGCUCCUGAGUGCUGCUCCCCAGGCAGACUUGGGGUCCCAGCACCCACAAAGCUUGGCAGGGACAUAGGAGGCCUCUUCCGCUGAGCCUUCACAGGGCAGGUGACGGAGUGUCUCCAGGAGAGCAGGCGAUGGUUUGGAUGGGGGAGGGAGGGCUCUGGUGUGGGCAUUGGGUGGACAGCGGGACCCUUCGCCAACUGGGGAGCCAGGGAGGUGGUCACAGCGCCACCAAACUCAGGCUUGCCUGCACCUGUGUCCAGGGACCCAAGGCAUGUAUAUGUGUGGUAGCAGCCCUGCCUGUUCCCUCCCCGUUGGGAGGUGGGCUUCAGGAGGCUUCAGGGAGGUUUCAGGCAGGAACUGCAGAGCCAGUGGGCUGGAGCUGAGCCGGGACAGGGUCAGGCCAGGCCGUCCUGCAGCACCACUGGCCUCAGCACAGCCCAGGGCACAGGCUUGGUGUCCUCAUCCCAUCUCACCCCAUGAUACAUUCUGGAGCCAGCAGGGCCUGGCAUCCAUCCACACUGGGCAGGGGGGCUGGGGCCCGUGGUGCCAGGAGAAGGCUCAGUGCCAGUCCCGGGCCCCAGGUGGGCAAGCGGUCCGCCCCAAGGGCCCCGCCACUGCCCGGGACCUUGUCGUUUGGCACUGGAUCUGGGGCUCCCGUGACUGUACGCUCUUCUCAGCUGCAGGUUGGCCACAGGGGCAGGUGCUGCAGCAUGGGCGAGUCCCCUGAGCUUCUGCAGCAGGGCAGAGGGCCGGUGCCAGUUCGGCGGCAGCGCCCGGCACCCCAGGGUUUGCGUGAGAUGCUGAAGGCCCGGCUGUGGCGGAGCUGCUCGUGCAGCGUGCCGUGUGCCUGGGCACUGGUGCAGGACCUGCUCCCCGCCACGCGCUGGCUGUGCCAGUACCGCCCUCGGGAGUACCUGGCGGGUGACGUCAUGUCCGGGCUGGUCAUCGGCAUCAUCCUGGUGCCACAGGGCAUUGCCUACUCACUGCUGGCUGGACUGCAGCCCAUCUACAGCCUGUACACGUCCUUCUUUGCCAACCUCAUCUACUUCCUCAUGGGCACAUCGCAGCACGUCUCCGUGGGCAUCUUCAGCCUGCUCUGCCUCAUGGUGGGCCAGGUGGUGGACCGGGAGCUCCAGCUGGCCGGCUUCGACCCCUCCCAGGAUGGCCUGUGGCCCGGGGCCAACGGCAGCAUCCUCAAUGGCUCUGCUGCCACGCUCGACUGUGGGCGUGACUGCUACGCCAUCCGUGUUGCCACCGCGCUCACACUGAUGACCGGGCUUUACCAGGUCCUCAUGGGCGUGCUGCGGCUGGGCUUCGUGUCCACCUACCUCUCGCAGCCACUGCUGGACGGCUUUGCCAUGGGGGCCUCAGUGACCAUCCUGACCUCGCAGCUCAAGCACCUGCUGGGAGUGCGGAUCCCUCGGCACCAGGGGCUGGGCAUGGUGGUCCGAACGUGGCUGAGCCUGCUGCGCAGCGCCGGGCAGGCCAAUGUGUGCGACGUGGUUACCAGCACGGUGUGCCUGGUGGUGCUACUGGCUGCAAAGGAGCUCUCAGACCGCUACCGACGGCACCUGAGGGUGCCACUGCCCACAGAACUGCUGGUCAUCGUGGUGGCCACGCUCGUGUCCCACUUCGGGCAGCUCCACAAGCGCUUUGGCUCAAGUGUGGCUGGUGACAUCCCCACUGGUUUCAUGGCCCCUCAGGUCCCAGAGCCCAGACUGAUGCAGCGUGUGGCCUUGGAUGCCAUGGCCCUGGCCCUCGUGGGCGCGGCCUUCUCCAUCUCGCUGGCAGAGAUGUUCGGUCGCAGCCACGGCUACUCUGUGCGUGCCAACCAGGAGCUGCUGGCUGUGGGCUGCUGCAACGUGCUGCCUGCCUUCCUGCACUGCUUCGCCACCAGCGCAGCCCUGGCCAAGAGCCUGGUGAAGACAGCCACUGGCUGCCGGACGCAGCUGUCCGGUGUGGUCAGCUCUGCCGUGGUGCUGCUGGUGCUGCUGGCACUGGCGCCGCUGUUCCACGACCUACAGCGAAGUGUGCUGGCCUGCAUCAUCGUGGUGAGCCUGCGGGGGGCCCUGCGCAAGGUGUGGGACCUCCCACGGCUGUGGCGGAUGAGCCCGGCCGACGCCCUAGUCUGGGCGGGCACUGCGGCCACCUGUGUUCUGGUCAGCACGGAGACCGGACUGCUGGCCGGCGUCAUCCUCUCACUGCUCAGCCUGGCCGGCCGCACCCAGCGCCCUCACGCUGCCCUGCUGGCCCGCAUCGGGGACUCAGCCUUCUACGAGGACGCCACAGAGUUCGAGGGCCUCGUCCCUGAGCCCGGGGUGCGCGUGUUCCGCUUCGCGGGGCCGCUGUACUACGCCAACAAGGACUUCUUCCUGCGGUCACUCUACAGCCUCACAGGGCUGGACGCAGGGCGCGCGGCUGCCAGGAGGAAGGAGCAGGGCUCGGAGGUGGGGGUCGGCGAGGGAGGCCCCGCCCAGGGCAAGGACCUGGGCCCGGUUAGCAGCAGGGCUGCACUGGUGCCCAUGGCAGCCGGCUUCCACACAGUGGUCAUCGACUGCGCCCCACUGCUGUUCCUGGACGCAGCUGGCGUGACCACGCUCAAGGACCUGCGCCGAGACUACGGGGCCCUGGGCAUCAGCCUGCUGCUGGCCUGCUGCAGCCCCCCUGUGAGAGACAUUCUGAGCAGAGGGGGCUUCCUUGAGGAGGGCCCAGGGGGCACAGCUGAGGAGGAGCAGCUGUUCCUCAGUGUGCACGAUGCCGUGCAGACGGCAGGAGCCCGCCACAGGGAGCUGGAGGCCACCGAUGCCCGCCUGUAGCAGGACCAGGCCUUCCCGGCAGCCUCUGCUCCCUCCAGGGGGCCCAUGGCGGACGUCUGCAAGCCACUGCUUAGACUCUUCCCAGGGAGGAGACACCCAAGGGACGCGCUCCUGCACUACCGCUGCCUGGGGGAAGCCAGGGAACCCCAGCUGGGGAAGGAGGCCCUCUGAUUACAUGCAUUCCUGCCCACCACUGCCCAGGGGAAGCCAGGGAACCCCAGCUGGGGAAGGAGGCCCUCUGAUUACAUGCAUUCCUGCCCAUCGCUGCCCAGGGGAAGCCAGGGAACCCCAGCUGGGGAAGGAGGCCCUCUGAUUACAUGCAUUCCUGCCCACCGCUGCCCAGGGGAAACCGAGGAACCCCAGCUGGGGAAGGAGGCCUUCUGAUCACAAAGGACCCAAACACUCAGAAAUCAAGAACCUCUGCCCCUGAAAGACAGGCUGGCCCACAGUGCUGGCCGGGCCCGAUGCUCAAGGCCCUCGCUGUCCCUCGCCUCAGAAGGGCUGGGCCUGGCCUGAUGCUCAGGGUUGACAUUUUAAUUGAACAAGGGCCACCUCCCCCCCCGACAUCAUGCAGCCUCCAAGUGCCAAGAGGACCCCCUAUGUCCAGGCCUGCCUGGUGCUCACCCCUGUUGGUAGGAGCCGGUGGUUCUGGCCAAGUGCAUGAGGGUCUGUGUGUUCCUAGAAAAACCCACACACCCAAGUGGCCCUCACACCUCGUGUCUCCCCCUCACAGGGUGGCCACCUGCACCAGUGUCAAGGCCACAAGUGCUGUGAUGACCUCAGCUCAGCCCUCAGGUGUGGUGGCCUGCCCAGCCCAGCUAGCAAACACACACAGGGGUGCCCAUGGGUGCAGUGGAGACAGGUGCAGCACAGCCAACCCUGAGCCUCCAGGGGGCCCUGGAGGAAGCCCACCACGCCCCACGCAGGGGCACCCUCCAGCACACAGCCCUCGCCCCAGCAAGGACACGAUCCCCUCAACAGGGUGCGUCGGCAGAAAGGGGGAACAAAGGAUCUUCCGAGCAGCCCCCAGCUCUGCGCCUCCUCAGUUGCCCCUUCCCCAGCCCGUCCCCUCUGUGCCUCUGUAAGGGGUUCUGGGACACCCAGGCCCCAAGUCACCCACCUGGUGGUGACAAGCUCCAGCAGCCAGUGGGUCCGGACCUGCUCGAUGCCACGGUGAGGGACGGCGCCCACAUAAGCGAGGUUGAGCUGCUGGUCCCAGCUGAGGACGUACUGGUCAGCCUGGCUGUGUGGCAGUGGAGGGCUGGGGACAGCAAAGGGGCGGCUCAGGCCUGAGCCUCAGCAUGGCCGGCAGCACAGCCGACACUCAGGCUCAAGCCCAGGGAUGCCUGGGCGCCAGAUCCAGGUGCUGCGCUUGUGCUCAGUGACUAAUAAAAUGGCCCUUAGGGCCAGGAAUGUA